UCUUAUAAAGGCUAGAAAAGUGGUUAACACGGGAGGCGCGCGGGCGCCUAGCGUCCGCUCGCCUCAGCGCCGGACGUCCGCGCUGCUCCGGACCGCCUGUGGGACGAACUCGUACCAUGUCACAUCACCAUUACUGGCUAGCAACGUAAUUUUAUCCACACACACGACCCGAAAGAGCAAUGUACGUGGUGUAUCAAGCAGCGACCGUGGAAGUGUUGCUAGCAUUGUUUGUGUAGACGUGAGCGCGGGACGCAUCGCUGUUAUAAGGGGGGUUCAGGAGAGCGCGCGCUCAGUGUGCCCGAGUGUCCCGUAUUGCGUGAGCGCACUCCGGCUAGUGAUCCCGCAAGGUGCCGACACCCCGCAACUGUACAACAUGCUCCUCCUCGCAAGUUUCCUCCUGCUCUCAGCAACCACCCUUGGGCCCGUUGCAGCCCAAAGGAUAACGACCAUCCAACUGGACGGGGUGCAGUAUUUCAUAUCCAGAAUGAACCCCUACAGUCCAGAGCUCAACUAUUUCCUCGCUUAUCAAUAUUGCAGGUCAUUGGGAUUGCAGCUAGCGUCGUUUGAAACGAAGGAAAAGGCCGACUCAAUAACAACAUAUUUAACAAAUGCAGGAUACAAUAAAUACGAUUUCUGGACGUCGGGCAACAACCUCGGCACAGACAUGUACCUGUGGAUGAGCACGGGCCUGCCCUUCAACGCCACCUUCAACUACAUGCGGCGAGUGACCAUGGACGCGCCGAGCCAGCACGCGGACGACAGCAUGGACCCCCUUGACGUGCCGCAGGGCAGCACAGCACCGCAACGCACCGCAAGGCAUGGUCUGUUUUCCAGAACUGAACACGUCAUGACCAACGGCUGCGUGUCGCUCAAGGCGCCAUCUUUCCACUGGGAGCCACAACACUGCGGCGAGAUCAAAGACUUCAUCUGCGAGCAGACCCGCUGCUACUACUAUAACUACGGCUCCAUCCCCGUCUCCUCGGCGCAGGGGAAGCCGUUGUCGAUGACGACCACGACGACAGCGCACCCGCUCACGUCGUCGUCGCCGCCGCCGCCGCGCUCCGAGCACCUCCCCACGCACUUCACUCUCAACGACCUCAUCGGCAAGCUUCGCCCCUCCUCCCUCGAUGGCCUCCAGUCCCCGCACUUGAAAGCCGGCGCACUCCUCAAGUCGCCUCCCCAGAUAGACUCGCACUACUCGCGAGCGGCCGAUGCGCAUUCCAAGGAGCCCGAACAGGGACCGAAGGAGGAGCCGACUCAAGGGCCGUAUGAGGCCGACGAAGGUAUGGUGGGCGACGACCCCGCGGCCUACCUCACGAACGAAGCUCGCGAAGGCCACGCCGUCGAAGACGUCUCGACCGCUGAGCCGGAUGCCACUGAACAUUCCGUCCACGCCAGCGGCAUGCUGGCUCCCCCCGCCUACUAGCAUGCGACUCGACGGUCGCCGUCAUACUAUUGAGAUGUGACGUAGGUUUACGUACUACCAAAAGUAUUAUUCAAUAUUUCAAAGCGUUUUGUAUGUAAAGCAAUAUUAUUACUUAAGUGCUUGCUUAUGAGGGUGAUAUCGCUUCGUCAUUUAUUAUUACGAAAUGUAAAUGAGAUUUAUGUAUUGUAGUACUUUUAAUUAAUAAUUAUUGAUAUGCUCGAUGACGAGCGGUGGGAUAUAAGGGUUCUUUGGGACAGUAAUCUGUAUACGAAGGCGCUGGCGACUCGGUCUAUAGGUACGACUUGCCUCCGCUUUCUAAUCGAUCAAUAACGAAUAAUCUACGAAACAUAGGUACCUAAAAUUUCAUAGACACGAACUUGAGAAGGUUUGUCCGAUCUCCGAUUAACAUUUUGUAACCUUAAAAAUACAUUAAUUUAAUUUAAGAAAAUUGCUUUGCUAAUAUCGAUUGUCUGGACAUAUCAUUCGGUGUAGUAGUUAAGAUAGUGUUUAUAUUACGUGACGUACCUAGUUAAGUAUUAUAAGUUGGAACUCAAGAAUUUAAAUAAUAGUGAUGUAGUGAGUUAAUAAACGUAAUAUAAAAUCACCA